CAGCUUUGGCUUUUAGAUCACGAAAGAAGCAAUGCAGUUCCUCUCUGCAGGCUGGUUAAAGAGGCAAAAGUCUCUGUGGCCAAAGUGAAACGGCGCCGGCGUUGCAGGCAGAAUGACGGGAGAGUGGCAGCGGCUCUUCCAGGAAAACCUGGCGCUCCCUCCCCACAACCAGAGGAGACGGCACCUGCAGCCCCAGCAAUCCACGGCGUUCCAAUGCGUUUUGAAGCGCGUGGAGGGAGACGCGCUCAAGCAGAGAGCCCUGGAUGAUAUGUGGGAUGUUGAAUUCCAGCUGCGCCUCUCGCUCUUCGACAUCGCCUACCAUCAUUUCUUUGGGAAGACCUGGAGAAGCGCCACGAGGCCUCUUAAAACUGUACCGGGACAACCCCCCAUGGUGGCCUUCAAUGAGGCUGUUUAUCUUCACACCUCUUUGGAUCAUCCCAGUGUUGUCAUGGUCGUAGAGGUCGUGGCUGCUGCCAAGAGGCGAGAUGGGACCCCCCAGGAUCUGUCAUGUGGCUUUGGGAUACUACAUUUAUUUAGCAGCAAAUCUGAGCCGACAAAUCUGGUCUCAAAAGACAAAGGGCUCAGUCUCUAUCAUGGGACCCCAAGAGCUCUCUUGCACCCACUGCUCCAGGAGCCAGUAGAGAAGAACCAGUACCUGACAGUGAUGGACAGCAGUCACCUGCACUGUACCUUGCAGCCCCACCCGCCCCUGGAAGCUAUCUAUCACCUUCUCCCUGAGAACAUGCCCAUCUCCUGCUUGCAGAAAAUCCCUGGCGUGGUAGCAGCACACGAAGGGGAUUUCUUGCAGAAGCCGCGGCUCAUGAAGACGGCAACGUGGUACUUGGAGAAGGUCUCCAUUCACCUGUACCCUUCGUUAGAGAAAUUUGAGGAGGAGCUCUUGGACUUACUCAUGAGUGACCAGGGCAACUCAGCACUGGACGGGAACACCCUCGCCGUGCAAGAGAGACGGCUGCAUGUCGGCGUGCACAACGGCCUUGGCUUCGUGCAGCCCCCGCAGGUGGUGGUGGUGGUGCCAGAGGCUGAGGUGGUGCGGGGGCGUUCCAGCAGCUUGCACAGGAAACAAGGGGCCACGAUCAAACCCAGUUCGGAGGGCCAGGCUCUCGUGCUGCGAAGCCGCAUCCACCUGGCAGAGAUGGUCCGUCACCCAGCAUUUGGAGUGGUCUUCAUGCUGGAGUAUGUCUUCUCUGCAUCCAGUGGUCCAGACGGGAAGACAUCAUCCGUUACCUCUUUGACGACGCCGGCUUACAUGCACUCGAUUCGCUGGGCCGCUUGGAACCCCCCGCCGGAUGUGAGCCCUUCCGACGUGGUCCUCCCACUGCAAGGAGGAGCCCAGCACAAUCCCAACCACGUUUUGGUUUAUAAGACGCCACCGGCCACCAUGAGCUCUAAAGAGGUGAAGCAGGUGGAGUCAGGAGCCGUGCAGUUUCACUUCUCCACCAGCUCCGAGGAACGCCUAGGGAGUGCUGCAAAACCCUCAGGCAGCGUCAAGGAGCAGCCGCCUCGCUCGAAGACGAAGAGUCCUCCCAUGUCGUCCCCCAGUUCUCUGCCUUCUCCUCAGAUGCUAGUUUCCACGCAGGAUUAUACCCAAGGCCCAGGGCUGUCGAUAUCCCAGCUCUCAGCGUCUCCGGCGAAUCACGCCUCCAAACCCCCACUGCAUCCGUCUGGCGCUGCUGUGCUGUCCCGGUCCUCGGAGACUCUGAGGCAGGCGCAAGAGCACGUGAACCCCCAUGGAGGCAUCACCCACUUGGAGACGGACCUCAGCUACGACUCCCUGACUCAGGAAGCCUCCCUUGCAGACCAGCUCCAGGAGUUGCCCUUCACCCCAGUGCACAUGCCCAUCCUGGCCCUGGGGGCACCCUCGGGAAGCCCUAGUACUGCCCUGACGCGGGCCACUCUAGCCUGCCUCCGCGCCUCCGGAUUUCCCGAGCUCCUGGACUGCAAUAAGGACCCUGCCCUGAUGGUAGAUCCUACAGACCCCGUGGACUACUCCCCGCAGCGGGAAGAAGCGGACCCCUUGCAGAGCAACGAAAUCGUCUUGCAGUUUCUUGCAUUUACCCGGAGUGUGCCGGACGGGGCAGCCGCAGGCCCGUGGCCAAGAUCCAUCUAUUUCACCUUCCAGUUUUACCGGUUCCCUCCGGUCACGACACCGCGGCUGCAGCUGGUCAAGGCAGAGGCCUCUGGGACGUCUCCCUCGGGGGCCUCCCCCCACAUCUUGGUGCAGAUCAACCAAGAUGGGACCUUCAACCUCGGUUGUCCGGGAUUCCAGCUGAAAUACAUGGUGGAUCCUGGUUUUCUCAAGCCCGGUGAGCAGCGGUGGUUUUUCCGGUACUUGGCUGAUCACACGCUGCAAAUAGACGCUUGGGAUGGGGACUCCUUGCUCCUUGUUGGAUCUGCUGCUGUGAAGCUGAAGCACUUGCUCCGCCAGGGCCGGACAGCCGUUCAAGUCCACCACGAACUGGAGGUCAUCACCAUGGAAUACAAGCAGGACUCCACAGUGAUGAGCGGCGACGUUUUCCAUCAUGGGUGCGUGAAGCCCAUCGGCGUCCACGCGGUUGUGAGAGGCCGGCUUCACCUGAGCCUGGCUAACGUCGGCCACCUGUGCGAGCAGAGGCUGAGGAAGUCCCGUUCGCUGCCCCCCUCUCGCUCACGGGUCAUCGCCUCGCAUGACGGCACCAGAGGCUUCCGUGGGGGCAGCCUGCUGUCCCUCAACGCUUAUAACGGUGGAAACGUGUGCCAGGCCCAAAAACUGGCAGACGUGGACAGCGAGCUGGCGGCCAUGCUCUUCUCUCGCUUGCGUGAAGUCAGUGCGGCCUUCCAGCACACCAACCGCGAGGCCAGCGUCACCCGGCGGCGGAAGCUGGAGAGGAUGAUGUUGGUGCGGAGGCGUGAGUCCCAAGAGGGCGACUGUGGGAAAAAAGCCAGCCACAUCUUGGGUCGGCACGAGGACCGCGUCCAGCACUCCAGGGACCUCCAAAUCAUUGAAGCUUACCGGGAGCGCAUCAAAGCAGAGAGUAUUGCCAGCAUGCUGAGCCAAGCCAUGACCACACCCCACACCCUCUACGCCACGUUCGGCACAGCCGAGUUCUUUGAGUUUGCCCUGAAAAAUCCGUAUAAUGUCCAGCACACGGUGACCAUCAAGACCGACAACCCGGAGCUCAGUGUCAUCGUGGACACCAGAGAAUGGAGGCAUUUUAAGGAACUGACCCAAACUGUCACCCCAUUGGAGGAGGACAUGUUUCACCUUCAUGACACCGGUGCACCCCAGGUCUACCUGCGUCCCAAGGAGACGGUCCACAUCCCCUUCAAAUACCAGGCCUUCUCCGUGGAGCACACUGCCGUGACGCAGCAAUGUCCGACUGCGCUGCCAUUCAGCGAAGGCAGGAAGGAUACCGCGGCCCCCUGGAAGUCCAGCAGUGCGCAGACAAAACACAUCAAGGUCUCCUUCACAGCAAGUGGGGGCAAGCCCAUUGCCAUCCUCAGUGUGAACGUGGAAUCCCAACCCCAUGUGGUGGACCAGACCUUCCGCUUCUAUCACCCAGAGCUGACCUUCCUCAAGAAAUCCAUCCGCUUGCCUCCGUGCCACACACUUCCAGGUGCCCCAGUGGGUGAGCCAGGUGGAGAACCGGAGAUGUUUGUCCGCUGCAGUGACCCCAACAUCAUCUGCGAAACCAAGAAAAUGGGGCCUGGCGAACCACAGGAUGUCUUUCUGAAAGUCGCGGGGGGACCAAGCCCACAGAUCAAGAGAUUCUUUCUGUCGAUUUACACGGACCCCUGGCUGGCCACUCCGACACAGAUCUGGCAAUUCUACCUCCAUUCUUUGCAGCGGGUCGAUGUGAGCUGUGUCACGGGGCAGCUGACCCGCCUCUCGCUGGUGCUCCGGGGGACUCAAACCAUCAGGAAGGUGAAAGCGUACACUUCGCACCCGCAGGAGCUGAAGGUGGAGCCAGAAGGCCUCUUCAUUCUCCCGGCCAUCGGGGUACAAGACCUGCAUCUUGCUGUGAGGCCCCAGAGUGCCGGCAGCCGGUUUAUAUACCUCAACCUGGUGGACGUCGAAUACCACCAACUUGUCUCUUCCUGGCUGGUGUGCAUCUCCUGCCGACAGCCUCUCGUCUCCAAGGCUUUUGAAAUCACGCUGCCCCCUGGUGGAGGGAAAGGUUCGAACAAGAGGAUCACCUACGCCAACCCCUACCCAUCCCGGAGGGCGUAUUUCCUGCACACCAACCGGCCAGACCUGCUGCAGUUCAAGGAAGAUUCCUUCAAGAUCGGCGGAGGGGAGACCUACACGAUCGGCUUGCGGUUUGCCCCCAGCCAGAGUGCCGGUGAAGAGGAAAUUCUGAUUUAUAUCAAUGAUCACGAAGACAAGAACGAAGAGACUUUCUGCGUGAAGGUCACCUACCAGUAACAAGUGUGUGUGCCUCUGA